AAUUCGUACGUGUGCGCUUGUGUGUAUCGCCACUAACAAAAAGGGUUGAGAGAAAAAAAAAAACAAAAAUCGUUUUCUUAAUUUUGCCACCAAAAGUAAGGAUUUGAUCUCUCGUUUUUCAAUCUAUUAUUAUCAUUAAAGUUAGAUAGAAAUUAAAAAAAAAAAUUAUAAAGUUUCAAUGAUAAACUCACGUAAACGGUGCACUUUGGGCGCAGUGGAAAGAUUAAAGUGAUUGGGGACUUUUACUUUUUUUUGUUCUUGUGGGGAAAAUUUUUUCUCAGAUGUCAGGUGGAGGUGGUGGCGUUGAACACCAUAUUGUCAUUAUAAAUCCUGCAACUACACCGCACGGACACUCGACGGAGCUUGUGAAGGCCGAAUACGCCACUGAUAUUGAAUCUCAUUCCCAUAAUCUGCAGCAAAAUCCUCAGGCUUUCCAUAAUUCUCGUUUCGACUACAACUAUUCGUCGACUCUUCUUAACUUGGAUACCUAUCAGAACGUUAAAACACGUACCAGAUGGAAUGAAUCGCCUGAAGCUAGAGAACGACGCUUAGCAAGGAACGCAGCCAGAAUGAGAGACAAACGCUCGAAGGAGAGUGACGAUGAAUAUAAAGCCCGUUUAGCGAAAAAUGCCGAAGCUAACCGUGUUCGACGUCAAAAUGAGAACGAAGUACAAAGAGCCCUAAGACUGAUGAAAAAUGCAGCUAGACAACGGCUAAGAAGGGCAAGCGAAACACCUGAGGAGCGGGUUAAAAGGUUAGCCAAGGCUGCAGAGAGAAUGCGUUUGGCUCGAGCGAAUGCACCCAAAAUCGACAAACCGCCUCUGGCUGAUCGCCUGAAAGGUUACUAGCCGAGUGCAAGUGUAUCUGAAGCAUAAGUUGCAUCAGCCAGCGCCUUUUAGUGGUUUUCAACACAAAUUAACAGUAAUUCAUAAGAGUGUAACAAAUUAUAUAAAAUUAGAAACAUAAGAAGUAUUAUCUACCCAAAAAGUAAUUGAUCUAGUCUGGAUUUCUUUGACAAGCUAUUGUAUUUCCCCAUUUCUUGCGAUAUUGUUCCUUAGUUACCCUAAACACCCCAACCCCAAUCUAAAUUAUUUGUUGAACAAAAUUUUGUAUUUUACGUUUUUAUCAUGUUUAUUAGAAAUAUUUAGAAGUAAGCAUAAAAUAAUAAUAAAGUAUCUUAAGGUCUUGAGAAAAACAAAA